UGCUGCUACAGGCCGCUGGGGGUGACGGCAGGACUUGGCCUCCGUCCGACUCCAGCGCGUCGCGAAGGCCGGGACGGAACGCACGUUACCCUCGAACUUCGGGGGCGAAAGAGUCCACAGGACCUAAGAGGGGCAAAACCUACUCUAAAGGCCGUAACCACCCUCCCCUCCCCCGCCAGAGAACUUUCCGGCAGCGCCGUGGGCCGCCGCAAGCCGGGAGACCUUCACGCUCACGCGCUCCCAGCCACACGCCGGAACUGCGCGGCCACGUCCGCGGGGACCCAGGCCGUGCCCCGCACCGCCGCCUGGCCCCAGGCGAUCCCCGGGCCCCACGCGCCGGCAGACGGCGCUGCGCCUGCGAGGAAGGAUCCGGCGGAAGGGGCGGGGUCAGGCGGCACUUCCGUGGCUUCGGGCGGGAAGGUCACAAAUCACAUUGAGCCAAAACGCACCCAGUGUUUUCUUCAGUUACAAAUAAAAUGAAUAUGCCUAUGCUGCUACCACAUCCUCACCAGCAUUUCCUAAAAGGCCUUUUAAGAGCACCUUUCCGAUGUUACCACUUCAUCUUUCACUCACGGACUCAUCUCGGAUCAGGAAUCUCAUCUGCUCGGCCAUUUAAUUCUCUUGGACUCCAUUGUUCAAAGUGGAUGCUACUGUCAGAUGGUUUAAAGAGAAAAUUAUGUGUACAAACAACCUUAAAGGACCACACAGAAGGACUCUGUGAUAAAGAGCAAAGAUUUGUGGAUAAACUUUAUACUGGUUUAAUCCAAGGGCAAAGGGCCUGUUUAGCAGAGGCCAUAACUCUUGUAGAAUCAACUCACAGCAGGAAAAAGGAGUUAGCCCAGGUGCUUCUUCAGAAAGUAUUACUUUACCACAGAAAACAGGAACAAUCAAAUGAAGGAAAACCACUAGCAUUUCGAGUAGGAUUGUCUGGUCCCCCGGGUGCUGGAAAAUCAACAUUUAUAGAAUAUUUUGGAAAAAUGCUUACUGAGAGAGGGCACAAAUUAUCUGUGCUGGCUGUGGACCCUUCUUCCUGUACUAGUGGUGGAUCACUCUUAGGUGAUAAAACCCGAAUGACUGAAUUAUCAAGAGAUAUGAAUGCAUACAUCAGGCCAUCUCCUACUAGAGGAACUUUAGGAGGUGUGACAAGGACUACAAAUGAAGCUAUUCUGUUGUGUGAAGGAGCGGGAUAUGACAUAAUUCUUAUUGAAACCGUAGGUGUGGGUCAGUCGGAGUUUGCCGUUGCCGACAUGGUUGACAUGUUUGUUUUACUACUGCCACCAGCAGGAGGAGAUGAGUUGCAGGGUAUCAAAAGAGGUAUAAUCGAGAUGGCAGAUCUGGUAGCUAUAACUAAAUCUGAUGGAGACUUGAUUGUGCCAGCUCGAAGAAUACAAGCAGAGUAUGUGAGUGCACUGAAAUUACUCCGCAAACGUUCAGAAGUCUGGAAACCAAAGGUAAUUCGUAUUUCUGCCAGAAGUGGAGAGGGAAUCUCUGAAAUGUGGGAUAAAAUGAAAGAUUUCCAGGACGUAAUGCUUGCCAGUGGGGAACUAACUGCCAAACGACGGAAGCAGCAGAAAGUUUGGAUGUGGAAUCUCAUUCAGGAAAGCGUGUUAGAGCAUUUCAGGACCCAUCCCACAGUCCGGGAACAGAUUCCACUUCUGGAACACAAGGUUCUCACUGGGGCCCUGUCCCCAGGACUAGCAGCAGACUUCUUGUUAAAAGCUUUUAAAAGCAGAGAUUAAUAAAAUUCGUUCCAUAUAAUGAUUUUACCUAUCAUUUCAUAAAUUAAUAGA